GGAGGAGAAAGUUUCCUCGACGGACGAUGCGGCUAAGCCGUCUCAGGGCAGCCGCUGCGCCUCUGCUGGCGCUGCUGCUGGGUCAAGCCGUGACCCUGAAUAUAACGUCUCUGCUUCCCUCGGAGGGUGAGCCGGGCUUUCCUCGUCCCCCUUGAGCGGUGCGCGGCCCGUCGGAAGCGUUUAGGAUCGCUCAGCGUUUAGGAUCGCAGGGGCGGAGCUGCGCGUGGAGCGCGUUUUCCCCGAGGAAGGCGGGGAGCAGGAGGGAAGCCGCUUCAAAACCUCCGGUGGGACGUGCGCGGAGCGCGCAACAGGCGGCGCAGCUUCGCCAUCGGGGUCGCCGCUGGGGAGGGAAAGAUGCGAAGGCAUUGGAUCCCUCAAAUCAAGCGGGCGGUUUCUUUCCUGCAGGUCGAGGCGCAUGGAUCCGCCGUGAGGAUCCCUCCCCGUCUCCCGGCAAGCGGCUCGGGGGGUUGCAUUUGGGUCCUGGAAACGACCACUGUUUAUACUUUUAGAUAUGUGUGCAUUUAUAAAUAUUUAUUCUAUAUUUGAGACUUAAAAUACUUAUAGCACUAUACACUGAUCCUUGAAGGUUUAUGCCCCCAAUAACUAGUCAUUGUGGAAGGUUGCUGCCUCUUUUUUCAGGCACACCUUCUACCACCCAGCCAAGUUCUUUGUUGCUACCCUUUCUGCUCUGCUGUGAAAUCUAUUAUCUCUGGCUGACACAGAUUUCACAAGGUGUUGUACAAGAUUUAAACACUCUGUUACACAUACUGGGAAACAAGUUACCAUAAAUAGCCUAGUUUUGACCUUUUUAAUAAUACAAAAACAAAAAAACCAACUUGCAGACAUAGCUAGCCACUUGGCAUUCCUCACACAAUAGUUUUGGCCUUUUUAUAACAGAAAAACAAAAACCCAACUUGCAGUUCUAAUUAGCCACUCUGGAGUUCCUCACAGGGCCUUGCAGAGCCAGGCAGAGACCCGGGCCAGGUAGAUAAUGUGCCCCCCCUUUUUUUUUACCCUGGGGAUAACUGAAGUCUUAUAAAUAAGUAAGUAUAUAAAUAAUUUUCACAAAAGUUAUGCUGACAAAUAAUUUUAUUUCAAGGCUUGAACCGUAUCUGCAUAUAAAGACAAAAUGGAAAAUAUAGAUAAAUAUGCUGAUCAAGGCCCCAUUUGGAAUCGGAGGCCCGGGCCAAGUGGCCCAUAUGCCCCCCCCCCCAUCUGGGCCUGGUUCCUCACACAAUAAAGUUUACACGCAAACACACCCCUGUGUUUGGGGUAGGUAGCAUAGUUUGGAAUAGCUGAAGUCUACACAUGUUAACCCUUCAAAUUAUUGUAGAAAUAGUGUAUUCCUUCCUUUUAAUUAGAUUGGAUCACAUCUUGUGUUAUUUUAUGUCUUUAAAGGGUUUUUUUUAUAUAAAAAAACCACCCCUCCAUCUUGAACCACCCAGCGACACUUGUUGGAAAUAAAACAUUGGGGGGGGGGGACAGCAUGCCCCCUGACUCAUACGGCCAUGAUGGGUUCUUCCACGGGGACCCAAAUGCCAUCCCCAGAGCCAGGAGAUGGGGGCUGCGAAUGCGGAAGGCAAGCUCUGCAGGGUUCCUACAUGUGGGUUUCUGUUUCGCGCUCUCAUUCUCGCAUUUUUGCAGUUCAGAUGGGAAGCGAAUCGGGAGCAGGGCAGUCACAUGUGAAAGCUACUUCCAAAUGGGUGCCGCUCACAAGGCCGCUGAAAUUUAUGCAGACGAGCCUCCGUUAUAGCAGAAAUUUGGGCGUGUGGAGGUGCUGGUUCUCACAAAUGAUGUCUCCGGUUAAGUGGUACCGUGUAGUCCAGAACCUAUGCAUGGUAAUGGGUGCGUUUUGCCAAGUUCAUACCUUGGGCUUUAUAUCCAUUGGCACAAGAGAGAAACGGGAUUUUAAGGAAGUUGUGGGGGAGCAACACCGUGACCAAACAAUAAGUGGCAGUGAAUACAAUAAGGCAGCCCUGUUUAGGGAAGCUUUUAAUGUUUGAAUCAUUAUGGUAUUUUAAUAUUUUGUUGGAAGCUGCCCAGAGUGGCUGAGGAAGCCCAGCCAGAUGGGCGGGGUACAAAUAAAUUAUUAUUAUUAUUAAUAUUAUUGUUAUGAUUGUAGUAGUAGUAGUAGUAGUAAUAAUAAUAAUAAUGUUCUGACGUUCAUUUCAUUUGGAAAAUAGGCUUUUUUAAAUAAACUUUUCUAAAGCAGACUUUAAUUGUUUGUUGGGUUUUGGGGCAUGCUGUUGUGUCAUGACUAAUGGUUUGGAUUUUCUGCGAUCAGUUCUCAAAGUCAAAGUGGUUGUAGGGAGAAAAUAGCACCUCACUGAAGCAUGGAGCUUUCAAUCGAUUGUGUAAACUUAAAACCAUAAGCAAAGCUUCCUGGAUCAGGCCAGCGGCCUAUCUAAGCGCAGCACCUUGUCCUCUGUGGCCAAUCAGAUGCCAUUGGAAGCAGUCAUCAGGAGUUUUGGGGCACAGCGUCGUCAGUUUAAUGUGCUGUAUGUGGGGUUUGCAGCUAGUGCAGAGCAGACCACAGCUUGGGUGGCGAGUGGGCACAUACCAUGCCAGCAUUGAGGGAUCUUGCAGUGACUGCCUAAUAGCCACCAAGCUAGUUUUAAGUUUCUGCUUUCCUACAUACAAAACCCUAUACAGUCGUACCUUGGAUCCCGAACGCCUUGGUACUCGGACGUUUUGGCUCCCGAAUGCCGCAAACCUGGAAGUGAGUGUUCCAGUUUGUGAACGUUCUUUGGAACCCGAACGUCCAACAGGAGCUUCCUGCAGCCAAUCAGAAGCCAUGCUUUGGUUUCUGAACGUUUUGGAAGUUGAACAGACUUCUGGAACUGAUUCCAUUCGAGUUCCAAGGUACGAAGGUAUAAUUGCACCAAAUUACCUAUAUAUUUUUAAAAAGCCCCCUGCACUAUAUGAUCAGCUAAUGAAGCCUGGUUAGUUUUCUUAAGCUAAAGUUUUGGAGGAAAUGAGUGAGACUGAACUGGUGGCAGAAGCUUAAGUUUAAGUGGCCAGCAGUAGUGGGAGUUGGGUUUUGUUGUCCAAUAAGUAAAUAAAUACUUCCCUCCACAAUGCCCAACAGAAAUUCAUCCGGUAACAGAAUUGUUGUGCCAUACCGAUCCAUUCAAAACAACGGUUCUAAGGAUCUGCUUUAAAUGUAUUUGUUGCUAUACGCCUGCUGUAUUUUGAGGGACGUAUCUCACCACUAGCAUAACUGUGUUUUCAUUUCUAGAUUGCGGGACAAGGCCUCUGAUGGGUGAGAUGACAGUAUGGAAUCGGAUUGUGGGUGGACGUGAUGCUGAGCCAGGGGCAUGGCCAUGGCAAGUUAGUCUUCAAGUUUACCGCUUUGGUACAGGAUAUCACCAUGUAUGUGGUGGAUCCGUGAUUAAUAACUACUCAGUGCUGACAGCAGCACACUGCAUUAAAAAAUGGACGUAGGUAUAUUUCUGUUCUAAAUCUUUUUCUUCUUUUUUUGCCAGUUAUAGGUGUGAAAAAAGUAUAUUUGUUAAAACGACUAGCUUAUUUUUGAAAUCUGUAUCUACCGCUAGAGAGAGACCUGGAACAAAACAUUUCAGUAUAUCAGUAACAGGAGCAACCCACUUGCGGCAAUAGACCUGUAACAUCAAUUCAGAGAUCAGAAGCAGGGGGAUAGUUCAGAAAUUGGGGGCCCUUUUUCCUUUCACCCCCCCCCCAUCCCCACCUGAAACCAUUCCCUGCUAUGCUUUAUAGCAAGGGUGGGGAACCUUUCACAGCCCAUGGGCAACCAGAGGCAAAAAGUGGAUUGAACAAUCAAUGCAAUUCAUACAUUUCUGGAGUUCACAGGUUUCUACACACACACAAACGUGCUCAGUCCUCCAACCACCAGGCAGUGAAUUCCAGUGCAGACAUCCAAACGCUUUGCAAAUAUCAAUACAAGGCAUGGAAAACCAGAUCUCUGCAGCGGAGUUCAUUACCAAAAAAAAGGCCAUCUGGACCCUGCAGUUAAAAGAACUACGGUACCACCCAGUCAUAAAUACCCCCUUCUUGGGCAAGGUGGUGGACAGAUAUCUACUAGACUGUUGUAGUUUUUCAGAUCUGAAAAAGGGGCAAGGAAAGAGCAAGGUCUCUGCUUUCUGUGUACAAAAUGAGUUCACAUCUGUCUGCAGGAAAAUGCCAAGCAUUUAUUUAUUUAGAGCAUUUGUACUCUGCUCUUUAGCCAAGAAGCCUCCCAGAGUGGCUUACAUGAAAUCAAAUCAAGACACUUCCUACCUGUAGGCUUACAAACAAAAAAACAAACACACAAGGGAAAAGGGAGGAGGAGGGAAGAGGAAAUCAAAACUCAAGCACCGAUUUCUAGACAGUUUCUAUAUUUCUGUAUUGACCAGCCAGCAUAGUUCAGAGGCCUGAUGGAACUGGGCCGCCAGCAAAGCAGAUGCAAUGAAACCUGCUUCCUGAAUGAUUAAUUCAUGGAUCCUAUUAGAGACAUUUUAUACUGCAAAAGAAUAACUUCAGUAAUUACUUCCUUAUCUCUUAUGUACAGCAUAUUUUAAAAGCACAUUAAAAGGGGACCUCUGACCGUUAGGUCCAGUCGUGGACGACUCUGCGGUUGUGGCGCUCAUCUUGCUUUAUUGGCCGAGGGAGAUGGCGUACAGACGGGUUGUGUGGCCAGCAUGACUAAGCUGCUUCUGGCAAACCAGAGCAGUGCACGGAAACGCCAUUUACCUUCCCGCCGGAGCAGUACCUAUUUAUCUACUUGCACUUUGAUGUGCUUUCGAACUGCUAGGUUGGCAGGAGCAGGGACCGAGCAACAGGAGCUCACCCCAUUGUGGGGAUUCGAACCGCCAACCUUCUGAUCAGCAAGCCCUAGGCUCUGGUUUAGACCACAGCGCCACCUGCGUCCCAUUACUUCUUCCCAAAAUCAUGGGAACCAUAGUUUGCCUCCUCACUGCCCCAGUACCCUAAACAAACUACAGUCCCCAGGAUUAUUUGGGGGGGGGAGAGAGUCGUGUGCUUUAAGAGUGCAAUGAAUGUUACUUAAAUGUGGUGUGGCUCUGUUUACUGCAGAUAAUCAUACUUUUCAACUCAGUUUCUUGCAGGUGUCUCUGGUGCAACUGGUUAGUGCAUUUGACUGUUAACCAAAGGUGUAUUUGACUUUUCAACUCCGAACAGGGAUAGUUUGAAGGUCGGCAGUUUGAAUUCGCACGACAGGGUGAGCUCCUGCCCCAGCUCCUGCCAACCUAAUAGUUCAAAAGCACGCCAGUGCAAGUAGAUAAAUAGGUACCACUGUGGCAGGAAGGUACGGUAAAUGGCAUUUUCGUGCGCUCUGGCUUCCGUCACAGUGUUCUGUUACGCCAAAAGCGGUUUAGUUAUGCUGGCCACAUGAACUGGAAAGCUGUCUGCAGACAAAGGCCGGCUCCCUUGGCCUGAAACAAGAUGAGCGCCACAACCCAAUAGUCGCCUUUGACGGGACGUAACAGUCCAGGGGUCAUUUACCUUUACCUUUAUGUUAGCUCAAUGAAACUAUGAUUUAGCCAGAAGUAUUUAUAAUUACAUCUGGAAAUAAAAUAAUCAGCAUCAAAGAGCAGUAGGUGUAGUUGCACUGUGAUAAAGAAGUGGCAUUAAGAGGUGGUAAUUAUAUUGAGAAGACAUGCCCACAUUCUUGAUGGAGACGCAGACAAAUAUUUUUGCACAAGAUCUCCAUUAUUAAGGUAUAAAACAAACAAAUGGAAAUAGAUGUUGCUCACACACAAAUCACAAGACUGUUGUGAAGGUGGUAGCAUUUGCUUUUGCAGUCUUCCACACUUCUGAAUGUUUUUUUACAAGGCAAUGGAGUAAAAAUGUAGUGGAGGACAGAGAAAGAGUGGUUGGGGUGAGGAACAAUAUAAAAUCCAGAAUAUUUUUCAUCAGGAUCUGCCCCAGAAUAUUUUUCAUCAGGCUCUGCCUACUGAUGUGAACAGUAAGCAGUGGAACAGCAACAAAUAUGGUGACUGAAGAAGGUAUGUGGGUGUCUUAUGAACCAAUCACAUGUGCAGAAAAAUCAUUUCUGAACCACCCGUUUGUAAGAAAAUUCCUGUAUGUGGACAUGAUAAAGGGAUUUUAUUCUCUCUUAGGGAUCCAGCAUUUUGGAGGGUUGUAUUUGGCUUGCACCAUCUUUAUAACUAUGAAUCUUCUACCGUAAAGCGCCAUGUCAGAGCUAUCGUGAUGCAUUCUGGUUUCAAGAGAAGCACGUACGAAAAUGAUGUUGCCUUGUUUAAACUAAAAAGGCCUAUCAGCUACAGUGAUUAUAUUCAGCCUAUCUGCUUACCUAACAGCACUACUCAACUAGUGGCAGAGGAAAACCCAUGUUUCAUAAGUGGAUGGGGAAACACAGAGGAGAAGGGUAAAGAUCUUAUGUGUCCUUUAAUCUGUGUUAAAAAUGAGUUUGGUGAUCUAAUUGAGAUUUGGUGAUCUCAGGAAGAAUCUUUGCAGUGAGUUGUAUUCAAUGCUAGCCCUUCUCAGAGUAGCAUUGGAUUCACUCCAGUGAGGACAUUUGGGAUUCUUUCGCACAAUGCACAGAAAGAAAACUGAGUUUGCUGUAGAAUGUACGGAGGAUUCCUUGUACCAGUCAAAGCGCUCUGUGUUUGUGUGUGUGUGUGUGUUUGUUGCAUUCACACUGUGUGUUUUUAAAUGUACUCUUAAAAUGCUUUUUAAAAAGUAUUAAUCUUCUGUGGAAUACUGGAAAUAGACUUCACAGGGGAUGUGUGGCACAGUUCAUGAGUUUUAUCAUUGUCCUUUCCCAAGAGCUGCUAUAGCUAGCAAUUUUAUAUUACACAGCGCUAAAGAAACACAAGCAUACUUCUAACAGUGUUUUGUGCUGAUUACAGGUAGAGGAAAAUUUAUAUUACAAGAAGCUCAAGUUGACGUUAUUCCACUAUAUAUCUGCAAUAGAUAUGACUGGUAUGCAGGCGUAGUAUCGUGGAAUAUGCUUUGUGCUGGUUCUGAAACUGGACAUGUGGAUAGCUGCCAGGUAAAAAGGAAAUAAUUCUAUUUAAAAACAUAUUGCCAAAAAUAUAUUCACGUGUCAUUUUUUACCAGGCUUCCCAUCUCCCUUUCUGCAUGCGUACACAAACUAGCUUGUACUCACAGAAAUGUGGUUUUGGGAAUCUUUAAUCUGGAGAUCAUUGCACACCUCAAAGUUAUUGAACUAUACCAUUGCCAAGUUGUUUUUCUUACUUGGGAGAGUUAGCAAAAGACUCAUAGAUUGCAAGAUAAAUAGUAUUUAUUUUAACAAAAUGGCUGAGAAAGUGGCUUUGUAGCUAGAAGCGUCAGUUGCAAUGGUACAGAAUAAAACAGGUAAGUUACUACACAAACGCACAUUGCCUAGACCAAAAGCCUACACUUAAGUAACAAGACUGCAAGUGGCAGCACAGUGGUAAUGCUCAGAUGCUGAUGACUGAUGUUUGUGAAAAUGGGGAGGGCAGAAAGACAGCAAGGUUUAGGAAAUGAAGAAGGCAGAAAUCAAAGGAACGAAUAAAAUGUUGGUGUUUGUGUUGGGAUACUGCCAGGGAGACAAAGUCCAUCAUGACUCCACGUCACCUCCGGACGAUCCACCGAUCUCCCGUAGAUACAGUAUCAGCAAUUAGCGACACGAGCUCCAGAAAUAGCUUGCCACAUUCCAGAGCUGGUGCACGCUCUAUCAGCAGAGUUCGCAUAGCGAAAGGUGCACUCAGGAGAGCAUAUUUACAAGUUUAUUCAGUGUUGGUCAGAACAAAGAAAAAACAUGACUGCCUGCUUCAGUGUCUCAGACACAGAGAAAGAAACGAAAGCAAUAGACAAAACAUAAACUUCCUGUGAACAGAAAAUACGUAGAUUCUGUGACUCACAAAGCCUGCUCCCUUUUAAGGUGGAACGGAAAUAUCCUAACAGUUUGGAGUUAAAAAGCUGACCGAAGGUGAACUGAAUACUGAAUCCCUGCUAGAGGUGAUUAUCCUGGAUAUGAUCACAUUAAGACUCAGGGUUUUCGAAAAAACACGAAAGCUGUGUUCAUUGUAGGAAAUACAUAUGUGAUAGGAAAGAUCCUAGUUCUAACCCGAAUAGCUAACUCUUCCCCCACUAUGAGGUAUGGAGAAAGAGUGGAAUUGAGGCCAGCAACCCUAAGAGUAUUGGUCUAACACUGAGAGAAGAUCAAUAGGUCAGCACAAGGACGACAAGCUUGGGAGGUUCCUCACUAAUCUACCCUUUCCUCAUGCAGAUACAUCAGCCUACAGGGCAAGCAGAGUUGCCCCUGACAUUGUUAAACACUAAUAGUUACCUGUCCUGAGGAAACGAUUGGUUCCCUGAGUUUUACUAUGAUCUGAAGGUGUGAGGGCAUGUCUGUGAUGGGUGUUCGGCGCACAUACAGUGGUACCUUGGUUCUCAAAUGCCUUUGUACUCAAAUACUUGAGAACCAAACGCCGAAAACCCAGAAGAAAGUGUUCUGUUUUUGGAAGCCAAAUGUCCAAUGCGGUUGCCAGCUAUUUUUUCCAGGGCACCUGUACCAAUCAGAAGCUGCGCCUUGGUUUUUGAAUAUUUCAGCAGUCAAAAGGACUUCCAGAAUGGAUUAAGUUUGGCGCUUUUGUUUUUGCUAUUUAUUUUGCGUUUUUGUUUUUGAGGCUUUUUCGAUUGAUUUGUUUUUGUGACUGUGUGGAACCCAGUUCAGCUACUGAUUGAUUGAUUGAUUGAUUGUGUGACUGCGGAAAUGGAUAAAAGCCCCGUCCCCCUCCAAACAAUGACUAACAUCAGUGCAGGUAAGAAAAAAUAAUGAUUUUAAUUUUUAUCACCUACAAUACUGUCUUAUUUAUUGUAUAGUACUGUACAUUAUUGCUUUCAUUUUAUGGAUCAGUGGUCUCGUUAGAUGGUAAAAUUCAUGUUAAAUUGCUGUUUUAGGGGUUGUUUUGAAAAGUCUGGAACGGAUUAAUCCAUUUUGCAUUAUUUUCUAUGGGAAAGCAUGCCUUGGUUUUGGAACGCUUUGGUUUUGGAAUGAACUUCCUGAACGGUUUAAGUUUGAGAACCAAAGUACCACUGUAUUUUGUUGGCCAUUCUACCAUUCUACCUAUGUGUCAAGAAACAUCCGGGGAAAAGGCUCAAGCAGUGAUAUAUAUAUAUCCAAGAUAAGCCAGCCUUUGUAGUUUGCUCUUGAGCUAGGCCCAUACACGAACCCUGGGUUCCUUGUCUAAUGCGGUUCAAAACACAUUUUUAAAAGCUUCCUUAAGGGAGAAUACUAAGAUAAUGUUCCUUUAAGAGGCCCUGACUAACCCAAAGAAAAUAGCAAACUUGGAGAGGGUCAAGAAGGGCAAUCUAACUAAGUUUAACAAGGUUUUUUUCCAUGGGAAUCCACAAGGUCAGGUACCCUGGGGAAGAACUAGAAAAAGCUGGGCAGUUUUGGGGUCUCAGGGAAGUCCAGUUAAAUGAAAAAGAUAACCUGAUGGAUGGUGCUUUAUAACCAAGAGAUGACCAUCUUAAAGUCGAAGAUGGAUGCAAGGACUGCAACAUGACAAAGGACACAGGUAACAAGUUGUCAGCAGGCACAACAUGAUCUCCUGUUACAAGGGGCCCCUGAGACAAUUGAAAUACCUUUCUAGGUGAUGAAGAUUUCCCACUUGGGAAGAGGCAGCGGCACUUUCCCAGAGAAUGGAAAAUGCAACUUAACCAAAUUACCAGUGGAAAAUGUUAUUGCCAUUUUAUUUUCGAAUAUCCAAUAUACUUUGUAUAUUCCCCCCCCCCAAUGUUAAUAAAACCUAUUGAAAAGAAAAAGCUACUGCCGUGACAUGCCUUUUUGGGGGAGGGUGUCCUGUGACCCCCCUCUCCGAUGAUAGCAUGCUGCUGCAGUCCAGUAGGAUGAGGUUUUGAAACCCUCAACCAAUCAGGAGGGUGGGGGAAUUUGGGCUUGAGGCAGGAGAGCUUAGUUGCAUACCCAGACACGUUCUGAGGAUGAACAUGGCAGCAUCAAAGCCGGCCGUGGCACCUGUGGUCUUUACCUACGUACUAGGCACUUUGAAGAAGAGCACUAGGAGAGUACAGUAGGUCAAGAAGGCAGAUACUGUGAGUUUAUCGUACUCCAUGGCAGCCAUCAGUGUUAAACCUGAAAAGGGAAAGUCAGGGAUGUUAGGGGGGGAAAUGCCUGUUUCAACCCAAAGCUUACAUGUAACCAUGUUUGCAGUGGGUCCAGACCCAGAACUUGAAGCUGCAAUCCUUGUAAAUGCUGUGAUUCUGACCCAGAAGUCUAUUGCGGUGUGUGUGUGUUUCCUGAAGGAUGAGGGCAAGGAGCCCACAUCAACAUGCUUACCUGCAACGAUGUUUACAGCAGGACAGGAUCCAGACCCUGAAACUAUGUUCCCUGGCAAAUUCCAGCGAUUCUGGUCCAGAGUGGGAUUGUAGAUAUAUGUGUAUAUAAUAUUGAUGCUCAACGGAUGAGGCCACAUCCAUUUCCCUACCUGUAGAGGCUGUGGGUGGCAGUGUAACUUUUGAAAUCGCAGAAGAGAAUAGAGCAUGAAGAAAAGGAAGCUUUAACUGAAGAGUUGGAGGAGAAGAUUCUGCAGGUGAGAGUUUUGUAUCUGAAUGAUGUGCGUGUUUGAUUAGUAUGUUGGUUUGCCUUGUUACUAAAGAGCUUCUCUGUUUUCUACAGGGUGCUAUAUAACUAGUGGUAAUUUUGAUAAAGCGUCAAUUGAUGGAAGAGUACUUUAGAAACUGCAGGAGAAAAUGGAGUAUGAAGAAAAGGAAGAUUUAACUGAAUAGAUGGAUGAAAAGAGCUUGUCGGUUGUUAAUAUCUGUCCUAUGUCCGAGCCCUGAAAGCUGAAGGGUGCAUGCAUGUGUGUAUUUCUGAUGUGUGUAAAUAAAAAUGGUUUGCUUUAAACAUCUGUGUGCAUACCUGUAUCAGAAAGCAACAUGGCAAAGCAACAUAGCAGAGCAUGAUUACCGAUUCAGGCUUUCCCAACUGAUCCAUAUUUCCUAGAAAACUGUAUUUUUUUUUGCCUGUUCAUGAGAUGCAAAUUAAAACUUACUGUUUUUCAUGUUCCAGGGGGACAGUGGAGGACCUCUGGUGUGUUACUUUCCAGAUUACACCAAGUUUUAUCUGAUAGGAAUCACCAGUUUUGGUAUUGGCUGUGGCCGACCCAAACUUCCUGGAAUCUAUAUACGUGCAAAAAAUUAUCGACCAUGGAUAGAUAGAGCAGUCACAAUAUUCAGCAGAACUUCUACUAUGAGCUUUCAACACAUUCUCAUGUUUUUGACCGUUGGAUUGGUAACCUUCCAUCUUGUUCUAUGAAAAGUCCUGUUCUUUUGGAACUUUAUACUUUUCCUUUUAAAACGUAUUCAUUCCUCUUGCAAACAAGUAUAUGGAGCCAUUUGUUUUUAUAAUAAUGAAUGCUUUGUACUCAGUUGUUUAACCUUGUCCAAAAUGAAUGGAAAAAUCCUUCAUUAAAAACAUCAAUCCAAAAGGCAUUGUUCAGUUGCAUUUAUAUGUUUUGGGGGCUGUAAGUUAUAUUGUGACUAUUGUACUGACAGGCU